AUGAAGCUGCGUUUGACGUCCUGGACCUCGCUCAUCGUCGCCGCAUGGCUGGCCAACGCGGUGUCUGGGCAGUUGGGUCAAAUACCACUAGACACACUCUUUUCUGAGAACUGGCAAAAGAGUCUGAAAUAUCAUGGCCAAUACCCGUCACCAUGCCAAGUAAGCCGCAGCACGGCGUUUGAGCAAACAGAAGGGCCCGUCGAAUUUUCAGAGUCACCCACGGAGCAUCUCGAGACACCAAAGCUGUCAACCAUCAACGCCACGGCAUGGGAACAAUGGGAGUUUGACGGAACCGCCGACUCUGGAAUGUCAGGCAUUAUUUUGGCCUUUUCACGCGAUGCAUCGUACCACUUCUUCGGCCAGGGCAACCUGCGCGUCGAGUUCUACAUGAUCCUUGACGACGGGACAAUUACCCGGGAGCUCGACUUCCUUGAGCAGUCUACAGUCAUCACUUGCCAAGACUCAGUAACGGGCAUCUGGAACAGCACCGGCCACACCUACGGUUUCCAGGUGCCGAGAAACAUGAGCCGCGCCCGAGUAUGGUGGUCCACGCCCAGGUCCAAGGGCAACUUUGCCAUUGAGUCGGACACGCUGCCACAUUUGGCUGAAGGAAAGCUGUGGCCCGACGAGAAAGGAAGCGUGCAAAUGUCUGCAUCACUGUUCCUGAAUCAACCCAUUGCUGGCGGCCGGGUGGUUGUUGAGUACACGCUGGGCAAAACUAGCUUGAACUUCACCGGCCACGGAGGCCACGGGAGAGUUUGGGCCAAAGAUAGCUGGUUUAAAGUGUGCGACGCGUGGAACAUCAUCCGCGGCUUUGCGGGACCCUACUACAUGGCGCAUUGGAGGCCUGUCUCUCGCCUGAACAAGGGGGUGCCAUAUUGCUGUGCUCAGCUUUUCAAGGACGGUGAGCUACUUUUUGGUACGGCCAAGGGCGAGGCUUUAGACACGGAUGACUACGUUCUUUUCACCAACAACCUUUCUGGAAAUGUCUCGGGCAGUCUGGCAAAUCGGUCUACGGGCCAUUUUAUCGAGUUUGUGUCCCCGCAAAAGGGCAAAACCUGGCGGUUCAAAGUUGAACAUAAUCGGGUCAAGUUCAACAUGGGCCUUGGGGGCGGGCUCGGGCUGAGCGGCUUCACGGCCCGAGUCAGUGGUGGCGAAGAAAUUCCCUCUUACAGAAUCCGCUAA